AUGUCGUUCAAGUCCUCCGAUUCAGAUUAUACACCAACAUGGCAGCGCCUCACUUCCAAUAACAGUACUAUCUGUCGGCUUACGUUCAAAAUCCCCGAGGACAUGGGCCCGCCAGUUUACAUGUACUACCGCCUCACAAAUUUCUAUCAGAACCACCGGCGAUAUGUGAAGUCCUUGGAUGUCGACCAGCUGAAAGGAAAGCCACUGGAUAACAACACCAUUGGAAGUAGCUCCUGCGAUCCGCUCAGGCUUGAUCCGUCCGGCAAAGCGUACUAUCCAUGCGGCCUGAUCGCGAAUUCCUUGUUCAACGACACCAUCAACAGCCCCGAAUGGUUAAACGGAGACGGAGACAGUGCCGAACCCUACGUCAUGUCUAACAAAAACAUUGCAUGGGACAGUGACAAGCAGCUCAUCAAGAAGACGCAAUACACCCCGGAUCAGGUGGUCCCUCCCCCGAACUGGCGCGAACGCUACCCCAAUGGGUACGCCGAUGGGAUCCCUAAUCUGAACGAAGACGAAGAGUUCAUGGUCUGGAUGAGAACCGCCGCAUUGCCGACGUUCAGCAAGCUGUCCCGUAGGAAUGAUACGGUGAAGAUGUCAGCAGGUAUCUAUCGGCUGGACAUCGUUGAUCGCUUUCCUGUUACUGAAUAUAGCGGAACAAAAUCGAUUCUUCUGUCUACGCGCACCGUUGUCGGUGGUCAGAACCCAUUCAUGGGUAUUGCGUACGUUGUCGUCGGCGGUAUCUGUGUCCUUCUCGGGGCCCUUUUCACGCUCGCGCACUUGAUCAGACCCAGGAAACUCGGAGACCACACCUAUUUGACUUGGAACAGUGAGCAAGAGAGUACGGCUGUUGCAACCGGAAGGGAUGAUCGAUUUGGGUCACAUGCGCCUUAA